AUGGAGAAGUCUUUUUUUUCUGAAGAUGAGGUGUAUAAGGUGAUCCAGCAUUUUGGUUCAAACAAGUCACCAGGUCCUGAUGGUUUUUCUAUGGAAUUCUAUAAAUUUUGCAGGCACAUUAUCAAGGCUGAUUUCAUGAGGUUAAUGGAGGAAUUUUUUAGAUUGAAGACAGUUAUGCAUAAAUUGGUUUCAGACUUUCAAGGAGCAUUUAUAAAAGGGAAACAAAUUUUAGAUGGUGUUUUGAUUGCAGGUGAGUGUGUGGAUAGUAGGUUGAAGGACAAAAAGCCUGGAAUUCUAUGUAAAAUAGAUAUGGAAAAGGCUUUUGAUAAUAUUUUAUCAAAAUUGGUGGAUGAUGUUGUUUUGAGGAAGCAAAUUUAUGGAUUUCAGGUGGUGGAGGGAGGCACAAUGAUUUCACAUUUGCAGUUUGCAUAUGAUGCCUUGUUAUUUGUGGAUGCUAAUGCAGAUGAGGUGAAAAGAUUACUGCUUAUUCUUACAACUUUUGAGCUUUUGACAUGUAUGAAAUUAAACUUGGAGAAGAGCACAAUGAUUUGUGUUGGUGCUGAUGAAGUUAUUCAAGAUCUUGCUUUGGAAUUGGGGUGCAUAGUUGAAAAGUUUCCUUUUAAAUAUUUGGGUUUGCCUAUUGGAGCUACUGCGAGAAGUACUGCUGUUUGGGAUGAGGUGGUGGCUAGGAUGGAUGUUAAAUUAGAAACAUGGAAGAAGAAAUUUCUUUCAAGAGAAGGAAGGUUAGUCCUUAUUAUGAGUUGCUUAGCAAGUUUUCCAGUGUACUUUCUUACUCUUGUCCCUAUGCCUGUUAGUGUGGAGAAAAAGCUAAACAAAUUGAUGAGAAACUUUUUAUGGAAUUCUUCAUAA